AUGUCAACGGCAUCAAAAUCAGCAAUGACUGCUGUAAAGAGGGCCUGCGAUGGCUGCCAUCGUCGCAAGGUCAAGUGUGAUAGUGGUAUCACUUGUCGCAACUGUGCAACUGCUGGUAUCGAAUGCACAUAUCUCGCUAUUCCUCAGAAGAAGGGUCCCAAGGGUUCUCGCGCAAAAGUCAUCACCGAAUUGAGAGACAACCAACGCCAGGCCAGUCUUGCUGCCAAGGUGCAAAACAGACUCGCUGGACAAACUGUUGACACUACCAUUCCUGCUCUCAACCCUACAGCUGGCAUGUUGUCCAACGACCUGAUCAAGGCUUGUGUCAACUACUACUUCGAAAAUGCUUACUCCACACUCCCUUUCCUCGACCGAAACCAAAUCGAACAUAUGAUGCUAAAUAUGGAAGUUGGCCGUGACAGGUACUGUCUGUUUGCAGCUCUCUGCGCAUAUGUAGUACUUCAGCCUGGUAUGAUGCUGCCAGCUUCAUCGGCAGAAGAGUCCUUCAGCCUUCAGAACCAUCCCGGCGCCAACAUCGCCGCAAGCAGUUUGCUUCUUGAGGAGUGCCUGCGCGUUCGAAAGGGCUCUGACUAUUUUGAGACACCAAACUUCAACAUUAUGGUCACUAACAUUUUCAUCUACUCCUGUAUCAAGAUAAUCGACGGACCAGACAGAGCGUGGUACUACCUACGAGAGGCCACAACUAUGGCUCUCCUUGCAAACAUGGACAAGGAAGAAAACUAUUCCCAGUUCUCUCAAGCUGAGGGUGUCCGAAGACGCCGAUUUUUCUGGUUCUUGUUCGCCACUGAGCGCGUCUACUUUUUCAACCGCCGUCGACCCUUGUCCCUUUAUGCGACAAUCGCACCUAGCCAGAUGCACGACGACCCCAAUGAUGCCUUGUAUCCUGAGCUUCAAACCUUUUUCAUCAUGUGCAACAUCUUCCGACCUAUGGACGACUCUUUCCUGGCCGCUUGGAGAAAGGGUUGCGACCAUCUCGACUGCCAUCAAAUUACUGGUCUCAAGAAUCACCUCAAGGAGUGGCAAGCGACGAACCCCUACCACCCCGACACUGCCUACAUGGCCAGUCAACAAUUCCUCAACAAUGCAAUUUGGCAGCUUAACAACAACCAAAAUCAAUACCAUAGCGAUCUGGCGCGGCAAAUGACCAGCAAGAUGGCUUCUUCUUUUGCGGGCCAGCCACUUGAGCUUGCUAAGUCCUGCCUGUUCCCCAAGCUACUCGAAAUCUGUCUCAACUUGACUACCUAUUUGGCUAACAUGCCCUCGGAUCGACACCCAUUGGCCGUGGGCCCUCACCAGUGGCUCCAGGAUCUCUACGCCUCUCUCGACCCUGCCCGAAAUGGCGACUUUGCAUUUACUCCUCUCUUGUUGGCCAAGGUCAACGAGAUUCUUCCACGUCUGGCCGACCCACUGCUGCGAAACGCCCCAGAGAACGGCUCUUUCCAGAUGUCUGCUGACAUCUUCGACGGUUUUGGUAAUGCCGGCAUGGCUAGCAUGCCACAAAUGAACGACUUCAACCAAGGCAUGGUCGUCGAUGAGAACGAGACCAAGUACGAUUUGAGUGGCAGUAGUCCUGACACAAUUCCCAACUCCAAUUACUCGAAUGGUACACCCCCUGGUACGCAGCCAGGUAGUGACAUUGCUUCGGCAUUUGUUGGCUCACCUGCUAAUGUCAUGUCACCUGGCAUCGACUACAAUGUUGCUAACGUGGGCAUGGGCGGUUUUGACAUGUCUGAAAUGAGCAUGAAUUCAUUCACAGCCUCUCAGCCCAAUCCACUGAGCAACAUACAACACCAACAACGUGUUGGAAGUCAACCGCCCUUACAGGGUCUACAGAACCAGAAUGUCAACAGUUCAACCAUGAACCCAACAAUAAACUCGAUAUAUGGUAUACAACAACCGCAGCGGCAGAACAGCUAUCAGAUGCAAAACCAAACCCCCUUGUCGCAAAUGGGGUCAAUGUCUGACAUGGACUUUUCAAUGCGAUAA